AUGGAUUUGAUGAUCGGAAGUUCAAAUAUCUGUUUGAAUGUGUGGGUUUUCUGUAAACACACACGCACUAGUAUGUAUUUAACUUCCCAUCUUCUUUCCUUUUUACAUUGCAAUCUAACAUUGGAAGCUCCCCUUCCUGAUUUUCCAAUUCAUCAUAAGUGUAUUGAAUUGCCUCCACCUUUGGCAGAAAAAAGGAAAACUAUGAACUUGCUGUUGAGAGGAAGACUUUCAUCAUCCUCGUACUUACGAAAUUGUUUUCUAAGUCAUGAAGUGUGUACAAGAAAUCAUUUCUCCACUGCUGUUGUAUAUGCUUCUCGAUUUUAUUGUACUUCUGGUCUAACUAACUCCAGACAAACUGAUCAUCGACAAAAACAACAGCAGAUAGUUUUUCAUCAUUCAUCACAACCAUUUUAUCGGAAUUUAUCUUCUCAACGAUUUAAAAGUUCUCAAAGCUCUGGAGGCUCUACAAGCUUCUUUACUGAUAACUUAUUUGCAACCUUGUCUGUUGGUUUACUUCUUAUCGGUUGCUAUGCUUUUAAGUGGUAUAUCAACUUGGAACCGGAUUACAGUCUAACAAAGGAGAAGAAAAAGAAAGGAAACUUAGAACACUCACGACCUUCACUUGAAGAAGACUAUGUGGUGUCAGACAAGGCGUCGUCAGAAAAAUCAAAUACAGUUGCUACUCCCCCAAUUGUUAAUGCGACAGCUACAGACUCAUCAGUUGAUGUUGUUCACUCAUCAAAUGUUAUUGCAGAUGAACAGUUGUCCAACACUAAUGAUGAGGAUAAUAAAGUCGAUGUAGAUAAAGUCGCUGUAGAUCCAGAAUUUCAUGAUGAAGUUCCUGAGGCGCUAGUCUAUGUUAAGCCAGAAGACAAGGCAUUUCCUACACAUGUACCAUACAUUAUUGUUGGCGCUGGUGCUGCAGGGAUGUCAGCGGCUCGUUCAAUUCGCGCUUCCGAUCCAACCUCAAGAGUUUUAUUGAUUGCUGGUGGUAGUGGUGGAUCAGGCGGAUUAUCUGAGCCGGGGAUCGAAGAAACCUCUUAUGUAGAGCCACCUCCGUAUUUAAGACCACCAUUGAGUAAAGAAUUGUGGAAUCGGACGUCGAGCAAAGAAAAAAAGCUGCUACGCAGUGAUGGAGAUAUACGUCGACACUCUUGGCUCUACUAUGAACCGGAUAGUUUCUUUUUAAAACCAGAAGAUUUAAAUGCUGUACAAUAUGGUGGAGUGGCUUUAGUUCGAGGAGAUCCAGUAGUUCGUCUAGAUCCUGACAGACAUAUAAUCUUUUUGGCGUCUGGUCGCCAAAUCACUUACGAUCGAUGUCUUUUAGCUACCGGUGGCACACCAAAACGUUUAAAGGAUCUAGAAAUAUGCAGUCGAACUGGAGUAGAUCUGACUGAUACUGGACAUGUCUCGUAUUUCCGUAAUUUGGCAGAUUACAGACGUCUCAGAGAUCUAGCAGACAAACUUCGUCAGACUGGUGGUCGGAUAGCUGUUAUCGGUGGGGGUUUCCUUGGCAGUGAAUUAUCUGUAAGUUUAUUGAAACAACCACCACAGUCAACAGAUAUCAGUACAACAACGCCGCCGAAUGAUUCUCGCGAUCAAAUACAAUCAAAAUUAUCUGUUAUCCAUGCAUUCCGUGAAACAGUUCCAAUGAGCAGUGUACUGCCACCGUGCUUGGCUUCAGCUGUAGGACGUUUUGAAUCAAGUAAAGGUGUGGAGUUGUGGAAUUCUUCAGAUGUUGUCGGUUUAUCACUUGUACCCAACAAUACUACUACUACUACACAUGCACACGGUACUGUCAAAGAACAGUCGAAAUUUGUACCUAUGGGGACAGUUGCCGCCAGUACAAAUAGUAGUUCUGAACGUGUUCGUCUGCGUGUUCGUCGUAGCGUAUCAGGCAUUGAAAGAGUCGAAGAAGUCGAUGUGGAUCAUGUUGUUUGUGUUAUCGGCAUCGAUCCAAAUACAGACCUCUCUUCAGAAGCAGGUCUCGAAGUAGAUCCAAAUAAUGGAGGAUUUUUAGUCAAUGCAGAACUGGAAGCCAGACAAGGUGUUUACGUCGCUGGCGAUGCUGCCUCCUAUUGGGACCCUGUUGUUGGUUGUCGACGCCGCGUUGAACAUCUCAAUUUCGCCGAAGAAGCUGGAUCGUUGGCUGGAAAAAAUAUGGCUGCUUCUUUGUUAUCUGGCGAUCAUAAUUCAUCAUCAUCAUCAUCAUCAUCGCAUUAUCAGCAUCAAUCCUCUUUAUGGUCUACUCUUGGCCCUGAAUUAUCCUGGGAUGCCGUCGGUCUGAUCGAUUCACGUCUACUUUUAACACGUGCAUUUUUUGCUUCCACCAACGAUGACGACAAUACUAAUACUGAUAAAACAACUUCUACAACUCGAUCUUUCUCAAGUCUUCUUCCUGAUUCUAAUCUUGGUCGACUUUCCAAAGGAGUUGUCUUCUAUCUAACACCAAAAGAAAAACGUCUUGUUGGCAUCCUACUGUGGAAUAUGCCAGAUGAAAUCUACUCAGAUAAAGAUUAUCCAGGACCUAGUCGUCUUAACCUGGCGCGUAGUUUACUCGCUGAACGUCAUAUUAUUGGCGGCGGUAAGGAUUCUUCUUUGAAAGAGAAGGAUCUAGAAGGAGAAGAAAAAGAGAAAAAUGAUCUGCGUGAAUUAGCUAGCCGAUUCGACAUCUAUGGUGAGAUAUCCGAGGAGUAUGCUCAAUUACAAGAAUUCAUUAAAGCGAAAGGCUUAGACAUGGCUAAACUAAAUGAAAGUGAUAAUAAUAAUGAAAGCGUUAACAAUAAGGAUGGUGACAUUAGUCAACCUUAAUAAUAAUAACACGAACACACACAGACACACAUUGUUUGAGCAUUUAAACAAAAGGAGACAAAACCGGGAAAGAGUUCACUAACAAAAAACACAAAGAAAAAACGAAACAAAAACAGUCUAGUUAUUAUUAUUAUUAUUAUUUUGUUUUGAUAAUUUCCGGUUUUUUUUUAAAUGUACACAACUAUUGAAUAUUUUGUAAUAUAAAAAGUCUCACACCCUUUUCAUACACCAAUGGAUCAAAUAUAGAUAGAGAUUAGAGAAUAUUUUUUUUCUUUUUUUCUCAUCUUACUACUCUUCCGGAGUGUUUGGUUUCUUGGUUUGUUUGAAAACUAUUGACAUAAGUAUAAAACUUGGACAGGCACUAUGGUGUAGUGUAGUGUUUCUUAUACAGUAAGUAAUAUUAACUGAUCCGACCACACACCAUUUCGAGCACAAUUUAUUAUUAUUGACACUCAUAAUCAUCACAUCAAGUCACUCACUCACUCAGUUUGCCAGUUUACGCCGACUCUGGCGUAGACGAGAUGUUCGACUAUCGACGAAAGGGCG